CUGUUGAGGAACAACCUGCAAUGACUCAUGAUGCUCUCAGACGUCCCUGGUGAGGAGUGGGAUCUGUGGCCAGGAGCAGAGGGAUGAUUUGCCACCACCCUGCCUGGCUGUUGUGCUCUUCCCUGUCUCGCCGGAGGCACGAUUUGGCCCUCUGUCUGCUGGCACAGGAUGUGGAGGGAAGCCACGGAAGAAGGAUCUUUCAGGGUUCACCUCCAGAUUAAUCCAACUGGUUCCCUCCAAGAUGAAACCCGUCACCAAGGAUUGAAGAUCAUCUUGUUCCCCUCAUCCACCUCCCUUGGCAGAAGACCUGUCUCUGGACAAUAUCACCCUAUGGUGGUGGCAACCCUAGCAUGGGGCAGCACGCGGCAUCAGGAUCCUCUUUUCUUCCCCUCCAUCCCCUCUUGGAGGACAGGACACCCCUUCCCUGUGGCUCCAGGACACGAGUCACCUCUGCUCUUCUCCAACCUUUCCUCAAAGGAGCACCAGACCACGUCUCCUCCCCAUCCCCACUGCAGUUCAGAGAAGCCGGGCACAUUUUGGCACUUAGAAUGGGAGGGAGCAGAUCCUGAGACUGAGCAGGGCCAGAACAUGGGAAGGAGAGGAGCCAGAAGGGGAGAACCAGGCUGCUGUGGAUACAGUGACAUUAUCUGUCAGCUCACAAUACUGCUGGUUUUAGGCAUUUAUACAUUUAGGAUUGGGACCUUCACCACAGUGGGGACAUGUUCCCCAUCACUAAGGAUAAAAGUAUUGCUACAGCUUGAGCUCACUCCAUUUAGAGACAGUGAACAUUAACACAAAGAAGAGCAAGCAUUUGGUACAUCAGAGAAGAAAGGCAGAAGAGGUGAGGAGGAAAGAACACAUGGUAAAAAAAAAAAAAAAAAAAAGGAAAUAGAGACAUAAAAAUGCACUGGCACAGAAGUGUCAGAACAGACCUAAAAUAACCAGCUGAUGGGUGUGACAAGCGAUACAAAAGUAGUGCUAGCUAGUUCUAGCAAGCACUAGCAUCAGGUGCCCAGAUGAAGCAUCUCACUUUAACUACCUUCCCUGGGAGGCUCCAGUCUGGACCACUUGCUGGAAACCAGUUACAGCUCAUAGCUGAUGCCACACGACAGCACAUGCUUCCUUGUCUCAUUGCUGAGAAUGCAAUAACUUUAUUAUUUUAAUUUUUUAAUAACUGGAAUACAUUCUUUUAAAAGUGAAAAACAAACCAUCACCACUUAUUUCCAUCCACCUUUAAAGGCAAACAUCAUUAGAUCAGCCGCUCUACAGGUUUUUGGUCACAGCAAUGCUUGAAUGUGCCUUGGGCUUAGCUUUGCUGAGAAGCAUAGAUUAAUCCCAGUGCUACUCUUUCUUCCACGGCUCUGGCACAAAUUAAUUCAAAGGAAAUGUGUUAGCACAGCCUGCAUCAAACCUUGCAUUAAUUGAGCUCACUGCAAGGCAAGUGUAUAUGUAUACGAAGCAGCUGCAAGUUGAGCAUCGCUGGAGGAGGGGAACGUGAGUAUUCUGGGGUGAGAGUUGGUCACAACCCAAAUCUGGCAGUUUAUAGCACAUGCCAUAGCCUGUGGCCCAGAUUUUUUGCUGAAUUCAUCAUCUGACAGUCUUCUUAUAGACAAACUACCGGGAAUCCAAAUAUCCAAGUAGGACACAGGAAAUUGAUACUGUAAGGGUCUCCAUCUAUUGUCACUGCAUUGUGUAAUUGCGAAGGGCAUGUCCAUGUAAUGCCCGUUCAUAUGAUGUUCACACCAACUGUACCUAUCUCAAGUUUUUGUAUCAUCCCUUACCAUCUGAGCCAUACACGGUCACUAGGAAACUCUCUAGUAGCCAUGUGUAGUCAAUCCAUAGACCUUCCCCCUCCCUGUGGAGGGGAUGCUUCUGUUUUGCUCCUCUUUUUAUUAUUUAUUUUAUUUUAUUUUAUUUUAUUUUAUUUUAUUUUAUUUUAUUUUAUUUAU